AUGGCCCACCGCGACCCCUUCGACUUCCGCAAGGGCCUCCUCAACGAGGACCAGCUCUCCCAGCUGCGCAACCGCCGCAAGGGCCGCCACCUCGAAAAGUACCAGCGCCAGCAGAAUGACUUGAUUAUGGCGCUGCUGAAGCCGAUGGAUGAGCAUACGCGCCAGGCGGAGGACGAGGAGGCUGCGAAUCGGCUCCCGGUCAAAAUCGCCGUCUGGGCGAGUCUGCUAGCCAAUCUCAGUCUCUGCGUACUCCAACUAUAUGCGGCCAUCUCCUCCGCCUCCCUGUCCCUCCUGGCCACCGGUAUCGACUCGGUCUUCGACAUCGGAAGCAACGUCCUCCUUCUCUGGGCCCACUGGAAAGCCAGCCGCAUGGACCUCAACAAAUGGCCCGUGGGCGGAGCGCGCCUCCAAACUAUCGGCAACAUCGUCUACGGAUUCCUGAUGGGCUCCGUCAACCUCGUCGUCAUCGUCCAGUCCGUCCAGUCCAUCGUCACGCACAACAGCAGCGACGACCUCAAGGCCUUCCACGUCCCCUCGAUCGUCGCCGUCGCAGCCGCGCUCGCGGUGAAGUUCGCGCUGUUUGUGUACUGCCACACGCUGCGCCGCAGCUCGAGCCAGGUGCACGUCCUGUGGGAGGACCACCGGAACGAUCUGUUCGUCAACGGGUUCGGUCUGCUCAUGUCUGCGGGAGGGAGUAAGCUCAGGUGGUUCCUUGACCCGAUGGGCGCCAUUAUUAUCGCAACAGGCGUGAUCGUCCUCUGGGGCCGCACGAUCUACAAAGAGUUCGAGCUGCUCGCGGGCAAAUCCGCCCCGCACGACUUCCUGCAGCUCGUGAUCUACAAGGCGAUGACCUUCAGUGACGAGAUCGAGAAGAUUGACACGGUGCGGGCGUAUCAUAGCGGACCGGAUUACUUCGUCGAGGUUGACGUGGUGAUGAGCGCGAAUACGCCGCUGUGGAAGGCGCACGAUAUCAGCCAGCAGCUCCAGGACAAGAUCGAGGUGCUGCCGGGGGUGGAAAGGGCAUUUGUGCACGUCGACCACGAGACGACGCAUACGCCGGAGCACCGCAAGUUCCAGUAAAGGAAAGAUGAAAAAUGACUCCGCGAUCAUGCUUUGUAAAAACAAGUCUUCAAUCUUCACCUCUUUCCAAGACCAGUUUCUUUCCACGAAUGAUCCAAGGGUCGAUGCUGCUGUGGUCGAUAACGCCUUUAUGCCAGGACGCAGGGUUGAUACUAAUUACACAAGGGACAAUGUAGAUUAAUUUAACCCUGUAUUACUCGAUGCAUUCAAUUUCCACCAUCCUGCAUGACAGCCAACGGCGAAGCUUCGGGAUGCCCUGGUCGUAUCGCGCCAGCAGGUCCACACCGCCUGACGCUCGCACGUUAUGCAUUCCAGGAUACGAGCGCUCGCUGGUGCCGGCAGUUUGAGUGCUACGCGCAUCAUAGUUCCGCAUGCGUGCAUCGUCCUUUGCCCACUCCUCGAUGCACUUUCGUAUCUUUGCAUGUCGGAUAGUGAAAUGGUGAGCGAUGACGUCGGCCCAUAUACUGCUCUUGUAUUCGUCGUUCAUCCAUUCCACCAUUGCCCACCUCACGGUCUGGAGUGCGACGUUGCGGUUAUAUUGAAUGCUCCGCUUGUCAUUGGCGUUGGCUUUCCCGUAACCGGGUUCGUUGAAAAAUGGAGUGUCCACCAUUAUCAUACUCUGGAUACUAACCAACACUUGCAGGAGCGUGGACUUCGAGGACCACUGCUCUUCCGGCCGCCCGGGCCAAGUCCCCAAGAGAGACAGGCACAC